CCAAGCGGCAAUUCAGAUAAGACGCUGCAAGCCCUUGCUCUGUCGAGCUCUCAAAAUUCAGUCAUGGCUAACAUUGUUCUUCCUCAGGCACUGUUUAUGAUUCCCACGAAUGUAGCCAAAUUUCAAUCGAAGAAACUUGGGGUUUCUGCCUUUUUACCCCCAUUCAAUGCAGCUUCUGCGUCAAUCUUCAGUGUUUCGUCAUCACGGUGCCGUUUUAAUUUGGGAUUUGGUAAUAGGGAUUCUUUUGUGGUUAGAGCUGAGGCUGAUGCUGCUGCUGAUGCAGAGCCCGAAACGACGAGUGUUGUAACGGAAGUUACGGAUGAUGUUGAAGAUGAAACGGUGAAGGAAGAUGAGGAAGAGGUUGAAGCAAAGCCACCAAGGAAACCUAUUGUAAAGCUUGGCGAUAUUAUGGGGAUUCUGAACAAGCAAGCAAUCGAAGCUUCAGAAAGUUCAAGGCCAGUACCCGACCUUCGAACCGGAGAUAUUAUCGAAAUCAAAUUUGAAGUGCCGGAAAACAGGCGUAGGUUGUCUAUUUACAAGGGUAUCAUAAUCUCAAGACAAAACGCCGGCAUUCACACCACAAUUCGCAUUCGGAGGAUCAUUGCUGGAGUUGGAGUUGAAAUUGUGUUCCCUAUAUACUCUCCGAACAUCAAGGAAAUAAAAGUGGUGAAGCACAGGAAAGUUCGAAGAGCAAGAUUGUACUAUUUGCGAGACAAGCUUCCAAGGCUCUCCACUUUCAAAUGAAAACCCGAUUUUCUUCAGUCAUUGAAGUUUUGGUCCUGGAGAAAGGUACGUUGUACGGUGUAUGUUUAAAAUUCUUUCUACAUGUAAUAUUUGUUAACUUUUAAAAUUGUUUCUAGAGUAUCAUCAGCAUCUGAUUAUGCUUUUUGUUGUCUACUGUUUUGGUUUGUUCUAAUGAUUUGUAUGAAUUGUGUUUUCUCCUACCUGGC